AUGUUCGGCAAUAGUCUUUUCGGUUGGCUCUCUGCAUCUGCAUCCAAGCACGAGAAGCCCGAUGAUGCUGCUGCCGGAGAUCCCACCUCGAUCUGCGUCCAGGACCAGCAGCCCACCAGCCCUGCUGGCCCGUCCGUGACAGAGCAAGCUGUAACCGAGCAGCCAGACUCUCAGAAGAACAUGCUCAAGCUCCGUGGUGGUGCUGCCGGUGAUGUUUGUUGCGGCGUGUAA